AUGAUUAUAAAAGGAUUGUUUAGAAGAUAUAAAAAAUGGAACCCUGUUCAUCCAACUUAUGGAACCUUUUAUGGGAUGGGUUUUGGAGUAGGUUGUGGUGUUGGAUGGGGUCCUGGAUUUGGUCCUGAAGUUAUUGGCUACGUUGGAGCUGGUUGUGGUGUUGGAUUCAAUGUUGGUGUCACUCUUGCUGGCUUUGGAAUUGGUCUUCCAGCUAAUGUUAUCUUUGCAGCUCCAUAUAAUGCUUUUUUGGCAACAAAAAGCUCUGCAUUGAAGUUAGCACGUUCUGGUACACAAACCGCCGAGGACAUUUGGAUUAGAAAUUUACCUCUUGUGUCUGAUUUUCAAAGGGAAGCUGGUGAAAAGUUCUCUUGCUUUCGCCAAAAAUAUUUAUCAAUCAAUGGAACUGAUUUCUUUGAUGUGAAGAACAGCUUGCCUUUGCUUACUACAUCUGCCUGUAAAAAUAUACAAGCAUUUCAUGACCAGUUUUUCCCUCAUAAAGGAAAAGAUUGA